AUGACGAACCGGCGCCGACUACCUGACAAUGACUUGGACGUUUCUCUUGUUGAUGUUUCUCGCUCCCAGGAGCGCAUGGAAGUGCGCAUGCACAAGCUUGCACAUGGGGGUGACUACCCCGGUCGUGAGGACGACGAAGCUGCCAUGCUUGCGUACUGCAGGAUAUGGAAGGCUUCUGCACUGCCGGGCACGGGGCGACAGGCGACAGGUGAGCCGGUGGGGGCCUCGCCAGGCGCACAGGCUGCGUCCCUGGCGACGGCGGUCUCACAGGGUGCGCCACAGGGGCCGGCCGUGCAAGAGGUCGGUUCGCAUGUGGCUGCUCCUACGGCCCUGCAACAUCAAGAACCCGUAGCCACGCCAGUUUCUGACCCGCCCUGCGCGAAGGGCACUACCGCGGUCCGGGCGGUUGCAAAACCAGCCCAAGAAGCCGCCAUGAUUACCGACGACGACGACUUGCCAGACGCAAAUCUUGCGGAGGCCAUUGCUGACGCAGACAGACGUGACGCUGACGAUGCUCGUGCGCUCCGGAAGCGCCGGGCUGACGCGGCUGACGACUCUGACGUCCGCUCCCAAGCCUCCGACACUGCUCGGCCGCGGAAGAAGGCCCCUAAGGCCUCCCGCGCCGCCGCUGCCACUGCUGCCCAGACGGUCGAGACGACGGUGUGCGCGAGGGAGCAGCGGUCCUCCUCUGGGCCUGCUGCUGCGCGCCACCUUGAUGAGGACGCCUGCCCCGUCCGAUGUGGCUGCUGCCCCUACACCCGCGCCUUCCGCACCGGCUGCUUCCCCCCGCCGGCGCCGCCGACGGCCGCGGCGUACCGCCCCCGCGGCGGAACGUCCGGCCACUGCUGCCCCGAGACAGCGGUCUGCCCCUCGGGCUGUGCCGCUGCAAACGCCGCCUCCUGCGGUCCCACCGCAGCCUGCUGUUCCUGCCUUGGAGGCCGCCCCAGAGGCCCCCACGGCUCCUGA